UUCAGUGUAUAAAUUUAGUCACAUCUUCUUGUGAAACCGAUCGAGCAUCCAACCAUCAUAGCUCAAAAUGUCUCCGAAACAAUUUGUUCUUGCACUCCUGCUCUUGAUUUCCCUGACAUCGACGCAUGCGACGAUGUACAAAAUCAUCGACCAUUCCGCUAGAGCCCCUGGAGGAAACAAAUAUGUCGAUGAAUUGAAGGGCAGCUACAUAUCCCGCGUUCUAUUUGGCGCGACUGAAGAAGUUUUGAACACCCUCAAUCAACAGGAAGGUGAGGGCAAGAAGUAUGAUAUGGUAACUCUCCGAAUCGAGAGCUUCACUCAGUCGCCACAUGCAGUCUCCAGCACUAAAGACAACGUAAUUCGGUUGAACGCAGAUUAUCUCCAACGCUAUGGAGGAGAUAUAAAAGAAGAGUUCGCCGGAGUGGUGUACCACGAAAUGACCCACGUUUGGCAAUGGACCGGCAAUGGCAUGGCCCCUAGAGGGCUUAUCAACGGCAUCGCUGAUUACGUGAGAUUGAAAGGCGGGUACGCAUCCAAAGGCUGGCCGAGGAAGGGCUCAGGAUCAAGAUGGGACGAUGGUUAUGCAGUCACGGCUUAUUUUCUCGACUACUGCAAUGACCUCAAGCACGGUUUCGUCGCGGAGCUUAAUGCUCUCAUGAAAGAUUCCUACUCUGAGGCGUUCUUCGUCAAGUUGCUUGGAAAGUCUGUGCACGAGCUGUGGCGCGAUUAUAAACUUGCUUAUGGUACCACAAGAAUCUCCGGUAGCGAGGAGGGCUAUCCAAAGCCAUACAGGCGCACCCGCCCCUUCGACAAUUCUGUCCCGUGGAAGACAGCUGAAGUGGCAAAGAGCGACGUCUACUUGAAGCCACUGGAGAAUGAUAAUUACUUUCGCAUAGAGGACAAUGGAGUCGUACUUGACACUAACCCCUUUCAACAAAAUGACAUUGCAGAGAGCGCACAAGACUUGGGUUGGCUUGCUGAGCUCUCCGCCAUGCUUGAAAAGAACAGCGCACCAAUUCCUUCCAUCAAUUCAAGGAAACUAGACCCGAAUUGGCAGAGGACAAAAGGUAGGACAUCCAGAUCGGAAACAGACGUGCCCAUGAGCAAAUGGUACGCUUAACAGCGGUUUUGUUCCACUAGGACAGGCAACUCAUCUGUGAUUAUGCACAGCAUUGCUUGGUAAUAAAUAAGUGCUAUGUGUUUGUUCGCGAGCUUUGUAUUUUCCUCCGUGUGCUUGUUGGUUUGUGAAGGCCAUACGUAUAUUUCGUUUGGAGUUUGAACUAUGUUGUUCUGCUGUUAAAAUUUCUAUGACACGCAAUAUAAUUCCAUGCUGUUCUCUAUACGUUUUCAA